CACGCCCACCAAACCACACGUGGAGUUUCUACGUCGGUCGACUUGCGGAUCUGCGUCAUGAUGGCAUUUUUCAGACACUGGAGACUACCUCGACACAAUAGAAAGCUCCUCUUCAGAUGUCACAUCUCUCUGCAGGGUUUACGGGACGCUCCAAUCGGAAGAAAUACCUCCUGCUCUAAUUGGAGCGCACUAGCAGCUUUCCGCGGUUUGCACAGUUCUCCGGCUCUGAGAGGACUGGAGGAGUUUUUCCCAAAGGGUGACGUCAUAGAAGAGGGAGAAAGUGCAGGAAGGCAAUGGGAGGCCAGGGAGUUGAGGCAAAAGAGCAACGAAGAUCUCCACAAGCUCUGGUAUGUGCUGUUGAAGGAGAGAAACAUGUUGAUGACUGUCAAACACGAGGCACGAAGAACUGGUUUUAUCAUGCCAGCUCCUGAGCGAACGUGGAAGGUAUACUCUAGGUAUAUACACCUGAAAUAUGCCAUUUUUUACCAGUUGAUAGAGUGCUGCAAAGGGUCAUGGGUUCGAAUUCCACCUAGGGCAGCUUGAAAAAUAAGCUGUCCUGGGUGUAAAAUACGUGUACAUAGUUGACUUGUUUGCUUUGCCUUUGCCUUUCUACCUUGUUUGUAGGUAAGAAAAUCUAUGGCGAGAAUCAAAUUGGUUUUGGGAGAGAGGGUGAGUUACAAACAUACCCUCCCGUGUAUCAUGAGGUUAAUUCUAUGUGGGUUUGCUUCAGGAGAGAGCGAUAGCUGAGGCCAAGGAGUCUCUAAAACAUCCAGAGGCUCCAGCAAAAGAAGAUAAAGAUAAUUUGCCAGACUCUGAAACUGACUCGCAGUAUGUUAGUACGUCAACUGAUACGCCACCUGACACACGCAGUGUAGCACAGUAAAUAUAUAACAGUCUUGUUGAGGGUGAGUGUAUAACCCUCCCCUGUGUUGAAAUGUUUUGUUUUUAGUCGUUUUGAAUUAACUUGAUGUGUAAGCAUUUUGACGUUUAAUGCACACAGAGCUAGUUCCUGGUCUGAAAGCGAGUCUGUAUGAUGCCGAUCAUUAUGGUGUUUGACAGUUUAGUCUCGCCACUCAGUCCCCCUGCCACCAUCAGCUCACCGGAUGGCAACUCAGUCGCACAAACACCAGCUUAACGGCAGGGGCAACUGCCCACAGUCCCUCCACCUCCUCUCGGUCGUGUCGUAGCGAUGGAUUAGUUGAAUGCUGAGGCACAUGUGGACUCCACCCACUAGUAGCAGGUGUCCCCGGAGGGCCAUUAGAACUGGGUGCUGUACUGGUGGUGUGGGUAGCUGGAGCCAGACAGGGUCACGAGAGUGGGAAAAGAGGUUGGAUAUGAGUGUGGGGAGGUGGGCUUGGAAAAUGUGUUCCCUCCCAUCGUCCCACUUCCCAAACGAGGACAGAUACCAGGAGUCCCCCACUAGUGCCGCAGACAUUUUGCAACCAGCCACGGGCAACGGUUGUGCGGUGUACCAUCUCGCGGUGGAGCUGUCCAAUACCUCCACAUUCGCUACACCUGGGAAUCCACAUGCCACCACUAGAUACUUCUUGUAGCCCACCGCAGCUGCCUGGCUCCGGGCUGUCGGCAUGGGUGGGUAGGGGUUGGUCCACCUACCAC